AAUGUCUUUAUUUCCCAGAGGCCAUUGACGAUGGGGAGAUAUUGGUGUCUAAUGUCACAUCAUCAUCGGCUUUUAUCCAGUGGAAACCCAAGGAAGGAGUUUCAUCCUAUACGAUCGUAGCUGAACCAAGUGGUGCCAUUGAACCUUUGGAAGACAUAUCGGAUACUGAGGCAGAGCUGACCAUCCUGCUGCGGGGAACGGUGUUUAAUGUCACCGUACGUGUCGGCGAUCCAGCCAUGGACCUGGCAUCAACACAAAUACGAAGUGCUCCUGAAGCUCCACUAGAAAUCAAGAUGUCAGAUAUAAAAAGUGACAGUAUCAAGUUCAUCUUGACACCUCCAACGAGCCCCCAUGAUGGAUAUGAGCUCUACCUCUCAAAUUCGACCACCAACAAGAAGUCACUUGUCAGGAGUGUACCGAGGGAAGAUGAGAUGAGUUAUGAGACGACGAUAACUGAUUUGUACCCUGCGACCAUAUACAACGUAGAGGUCGGGACUAUUCUCAACGCAGAAGGCGCCUUCCCGUUGCAGAGGAGUGAGAAUAAUACAAUGCUGACAUUUGAAACAGAUGAUGCAGUCUCCCAUUCUCCAAAGGUUGUGAUGCUCCUUAUCUCUCUUCUAGCAGCUGUCAUCAUGAUCUAGGCCGACAUUUCAUCUUAGUCAUCUUAAUUCAAUGUGACAUGUUUGUAAAAGUGUAGGAUAAUAAUGAGUUCGAUUGUGUAUGACAAUGUUAUUUUGAUGAUCUCGUCGUAAUGUAAAUAUUUAAGACUGUUCUCAUGUGUACAUUUAUAAAAUAGCCAGUACGUAACGUAAGAGCCUCAAACGCAAAAGAGCGAUGAGAUGUCCUUUUCUAUAUGACAACAUUUACAGGUUUUGUACUUUCAACUGUAGAUUAAUUGAUUCUGAAUUGAACAUACUCUUUUCGUACGUGAUCUUGAUUUG